CGGCGAUGUGCGCGAAAAUCAUUUUCUUCACUUUUCUCUAUGAUUUUUAUAUAAUUGUGGAAAAUCAUAAUUUCGCCAUAUUAUGCAACAUUUUUUGUUUUUGAAUAAAGUGCAAGGCUCUCACACGUCCGCCAUCACGACAGUUUGUGGCAAGCUUGGCCAGCGGGUAUGUGUUAGGUGAGUGAGAGUGGUGUAGCUCCGUAUUUUUCACGAUUCUAAUGUGGAUUAUCACUCAAAAGACGCAGAUCCAAGCUAUGAUGGCUUUUAUCUACUAAGAAACCAUUUGUAAAAUGGAAUGUGAUUUGUAUCGGCUGAAGAUUAUAACCAGCUGAUUGGUAGGCCCAGGUCAUUAUUAACCAAAACUAUUUGCGGAGGAAAAAUGGAACGCCCACCCCGAAACGAACCCACUGUGGACCCAGUGAAUGGAGUGGUCCAACCACUAGUCCAGCCACCUCCAGAGAGUCCGGGCCGCGUCACCAAUCAACUUCAGUUUUUACAGAAAACUGUGUUAAAGGCUGUCUGGAAGCACCAAUUCGCUUGGCCCUUCCAGCAACCCGUCGAUGCUAGAAAACUCAACUUGCCCGACUAUCAUAGGAUAAUUAAACAGCCAAUGGACCUGGGAACAAUUAAGAAAAGACUAGACAACAAUUACUACUGGUCGGGCAAAGAGUGCAUCCAAGACUUCAACACGAUGUUUACAAACUGCUAUGUCUACAACAAGCCUGGAGAGGAUGUUGUUGUCAUGGCUCAAACGUUAGAAAAGGUAUUUUUGACAAAAGUGGCGGAUAUGCCAAAGGAGGAAUUUGUUGUUGAAUCGCCCGGUAAAGCGGGAGCGGCAAAAGGAAAGAAGGGGCGGACCAGUACAGCGGGCGCUGUCAGUGCACCCCCAACACCAACUACAGCCACCGCUGGUUCGGGAGGCAGGGGUAGGCCUCCCGCCACUGUCUCUUCUACAAGCGCCACUCCAGUUGCUACCACUACAGGAUCUUCAGGGUUACCUUUAGGCACUCAAGCACCGGCUACAGUACCUGGCAGCACCGCAACUACCACCAUAGCGGCGGCCAGCACCAACAACAGCUCUCUGUCGAAUCAGCAACUGAACUCUUCUUCCAGUUCCAUUCACGGAAGCGGCUCCAGUUUAGGAAAUUCCUUAGAUUCCAGCAGCGUCAUGCCUGCCAACGUUAUACCUCCGGCACAACCAGCCAAGGUAAAAAAGGGCGUGAAAAGAAAGGCCGAUACUACGACGCCUGCUACAGCCUACGAUUAUCCGCCAACUUUGGAGUCGAAGUCUGCAAAGAUAUCGACGCGCCGAGAGUCCGGUAGGCAAAUCAAAAAGCCCACCAGGCCAGAACUGGACGGUCAUCCGCCACAACCCCCUCCACUUAAACCAAAAGAAAAACUACCAGAAUCACUGAAAGCCUGCAAUGAAAUCCUCCUAGAAUUGUUCUCUAAGAAACAUUCUAGUUACGCCUGGCCUUUUUAUCAACCCGUAGACGCAGAAUUACUCGGUCUGCACGACUACCACGACAUCAUAAAGAAACCGAUGGAUUUUAGUACUGUAAAAAAUAAAAUGGAAAACCGAGAGUAUCGCACUCCUCAAGACUUUGCCGCCGACGUUAGACUGAUUUUUAGUAAUUGUUACAAGUACAACCCUUCUGACCACGAUGUGGUUGCUAUGGCGAGGAAGUUGCAGGAUGUGUUUGAAGUGAAAUAUGCAAAGAUUCCCGAUGAACCUGUCAAUAGGGUAGGAGCCCCUGCCGUUAAUAAUAUACCUGCCAAAUCAGAAACGAGUACAUCCGGUUCCAGUUCGGAUUCUUCUAGCGACACGGAAGAUUCGGAGGAAGAAAGGCGAAACAAACAACUGAAGCUGCUAGAAAAAGAGUUGACGGCAAUGCAAGAAAAAAUGCGUAAAUUGGUAGACGAGAGCUCGAAAAAGAAAAAAGAAAAGAAAAAGGACAAAGUGAAAAAGAAACCGACAUCAGGUGGGUCUCUGGCGAACGCCUCACUAUCAACUCUACCGAACAGCAGCAGCGCGGGCUUGGGUAAGCCGGGUGCCGGUGGUCACGGGGCUCUAAACAAGUCAAACAACAACAACUCAAUAGCGGCGGACAGCGUUGACGACAGCAUCGCCAGUGUUGUGUCGGGGGCCGAUCUAAAGAUGGCCGAGUCGCACCAUCCGCAAACUGGAACAGGCGCUCACCAUCCGCCGGCAGGCAAAUCCCUGAACAUGCAUCACAACAUGACGGCUAACGCUGGCGCCAACGCUUCCGCGCAGGCUAAAACACCUAAAAGUAAAGGACUCCGCGGCAAUAAACCCGCUGCAGCUACCAACGCGGCUCCCAACAAGAGGGUCAAAGCCAACAACAAAGCUGGUGCGGGUAGGAAGAAGAACGCAGCACAACCACCACCUAUGCAGUUCGAUUCUGAGGACGAAGACAACGCCAAACCGAUGUCUUACGACGAGAAACGGCAGUUGUCUUUGGAUAUUAAUAAAUUACCAGGUGACAAAUUGGGUAGAGUUGUACAUAUAAUCCAAUCCAGGGAACCGUCGUUGAGGGAUUCCAAUCCUGACGAAAUCGAGAUCGAUUUCGAAACGCUGAAACCCUCAACACUCAGAGAAUUAGAGAGUUACGUUGCGUCGUGUCUUCGCAAAAAGCCACGUAAGCCAUACUAUAAAAAAGUAGCGGGCAAAUCUAAGGACGAACAAAUAGCGGAGAAGAAGCAAGAGUUAGAGAAAAGACUAAUAGACGUAAACGAUAAAAUCGGCAACUCCAAGAAGGCCCCCAAAAAAGAUGAAGCCAACAAGGUAGACCCAACGGGCGCGGGAGGUCCCUCAGGCCGCCUAUCCUCUAGUUCCAGCAGUUCGGACUCCGACAGCAGUAGUAGCAGUUUGUCCUCUAGUUCUAGCGACUCCAGUGACAGUGAAGCAGGUGGGACGGCGAACCGGCAGGCCAAAAAGAAAGCGAAUAAAAAAUCACCCAAUCCUUCUCUAGGCAGUUCCACCACCACUACGACUAUAAAAGUGCCGCCGCCUCAAACGACGGCAACACCUGCACCGCCGUCACAAGCCGCACCAGCUAUCACGACAGCAGCAACCGCUAAUUUAACCACAACUGUAACCGUACCACCACUUACUACCACAACGACAAAUACGAUAGCUCCACCAAUUCAACCGGCGCCAGUUCCAAACGUCGCAGUUCCCGCGCAAACGACGCCAGCCGCACCCGCCUUCACGCCGAGCAUAACCAUCAAACCAUCACUACAGGCCGCCCCUAUCGCUCCGACGGUGCCGCCUCUUAUCAAGUCAAUCGAGAAACUGCCUGUCACAACUCUCUUACCUCCUACCGUUCCUACGAUAACGCCUCCAACAGUACCUCAAGCUCCCAAAUCGGUAGCGCUACCGACUCCUUCUCCUGAUAAACCUAAACCUAACAUUAUUUCUCCCAUUGGUACCUUUACCGACCCUAUCGAACAAUCAUUGGCUAGUCUUGAACACGAUAUUAAGCAGAAUGAUCCUAUGGACGUCAUUACGGCGUCUACUAUGAUGCAAAUGCCUACUACACUAACCAAUCCUAUCGUGUCACAUCCACAUCCUAACUUAAACUUAAAUCCCACCAUUAACCAUCCUAUUUUACAGCCUAGCACACUUAGUAUGGACUUGAAAGCGCCUAUUAUGGGCACUAUGGCGCCGAGCAAUACCAUGUUGCAUCACGGAUUGCAACAAGCAAUGGAAACAGAUAUCAGUAUACCUCCACCACCCACCAACAUGCUACAUGGACAGAACAACGGUUUUGGCAUGAAACACAAUUUUGAUCUGACUACAAACAACAACGGUCUUUCCUCGAUGGGUCUGCCCAUGGAAAUGUCGAUAUCGUCAAUGUUUGAUCCAAUUCCACAAAAUAUUAAUCCCAUGAUGAAGAACGAUUCCCAACUCAAAAUGGACGAUCGCAUGGAUACCUUAGGCGGACUUUUGAACGACAAGAAGUCCAAUCUCCUCAUACAAAAGCCGAUGUCGCAGUCGUUUGGUUUCAAGAAUGACAAACCAGAUCAUAACGUCAAAAACGCUAGUUCCUGGUCGAGUUUGGCCAAAGGAAAAUCACCACAAAACAAUAUUCCGGGCGGCAGCAGUAAACAACAAGUUAUGGAUAGUUUUAAGGCAUUCCAAAAUAAAGCUAAAGAAAAGGCCGAUAGAGAGAAACAAAGGCUGGAGAACUUAGAAAUGAAGCGGCAACAGAGGGAACAAGCGGAGAGGGAGAGGUUACGGGCGGAAAACGAAAGGCGAAGGGAACGGGAAGAAGAAGAUGCGCUCGAGAAAGCAAGGAAGGCUGUAGCGGAGCAGCAACAGCCUAUAGCAAGCCAAAGGGUGGAAGAACUGAGGUCGUCGCCUGGUGAAGGAAGUACAUCUCCAGGUUCCUUAAGUUCUGGCUCCGAAAGGAUAUCGGAGCGAGAAAGGCAGAGGUUGCAGGAGCAGGAAAGGCGAAGAAGAGAAGUGAUGGCCAAUAAGAUAGAUAUGAACAUGCAGAGUGAUCUAAUGGCUGCUUUCGAAGGUUCGUUAUGAACGGUGAUAGUCGUGUGCGUUUGACUGAAUAUUAAAGAUAAUAGAAAAAGAGACUCCACGAGCCAAUUUUUUGUGUAUUUAUGUAUUUAUAUGACAAUUUUAAUAGGUGUUAAAUAAAAUGUUAGACGCUCAAAAAUUUUUGAAAAAUGCUUCCAUUAUGAUGAGUUUCGCUUCGGAUAUAUACCUCUGAUUUCUUUGAGUUGAUCAUUUUUUUGUGUUCGUGGCUUGACUCGAUUUUAAAUAUUUUUUAUAUAUAAUAUAUAAGUUGGACAUUUUCAACAUGGUUUGUAUAUAUAACACUAUAAAUUGAUUAUAAAGUUGUACAUAAUGAUGUUGGGUUGAUUAUUGUGUUAGUUUUUAUUUUAUUUUCUAUUCCUCCUUGUCAUUGUUUUAUUUUAAAGCAUCUUUUGACUUUCACGGCUACAGGACGGUCCUAAUAUGCGGCCCAAUCCACUUGCAGAUCAUUUCAAUUAUAAUAUUAAUAUUAUUUUAAAAUAUUUGUACAAAACGAAGAGGAAUGUGUUAAAUUCAAGUGAUCAGCAUUGGAUUGUACACCUGUGCACACCUUUAAAUUAUUGGCGUCAAUGUUAGGAUGACUCUUUCACAUAAACCUUGUCCUACACAUUGACUUACAGUGGGUAUUUAAAUUAUUAAAGCCACACAGAGAAGAUUUUUGUCUAAAAGGGAUUUGUAUAUGAAUUCCAAGGUAUAUUGAAUGUUUAUUCACAUUUUGUUUCAUGAUCACACUUUAGGAUUUAAAAAGGAUAGGAAGAAAUUGGACUUUUUCAUGAAAAUAUUUAAAAUUCUACCAUAUGCAUAAUAUUUGACGAUACCACCCAUUUCUUGUUGCUUUAAGCUCGACACUAAUUGAUUUGAUAUUUCCUUUUUUCAUCAACUUUCAAGAUUUUCAAAUGCAUCAAAAUCUGGCUAGUUUGCGGGCCAGUCGAAUAUUUUACAUAUAGAUAACGUAUGCAGUAAGCGACACGCUACUAGACAAAUGGUAGGUACCUAAUUGCUAUGUUUUUGGGCUAAUCCGGUCCGUUCUCAGAUGUGACUUUCAUGUAUGUCAUGUUAUUGUCAAGAAAAUAUUCAAAAUAAUUGUUUUUCCAUACAACAAAUACAUUAGUUAAUAAUAUUGUUACUCUGCUUCAAAAUAACUUUAUUCAAACACCAAUAAUAUUACAUACUUAUAGACUUUACCUUUAAAACGUUAACACAAUGACAACUAUAAACGUCAAAUACAGCUGUUCUAUUAACUGUCAACUUUCUGUGUUAAUAUUCGGUUUCCAUACAUUUUAUAACAUUCCAAACGUCACUAGACAUAAAAGUAAACAGUGUAACAAGUGAGGAGUCCCAGGAUUGUAUUAGCUCAAUGUUCCCGUGUGUCUAGUAGCGUGGCGGUUACUGUAUUGUAACCGAUUAAGUUAAUUAUAAAGACUAGACAUUGAGACUCGCAUGCUGAGCCUCUAUGCUAGUUUGAGGAAUACAGUAACUCAAGGCAAUAAUACAUUUUGCACUCCUCGACAUCUUUUGGGUCUACGGUACGUCAAAAAGUCGUGCUAGCCUAUUCAUUUAUUUGUUUCAUAAAGUGUAAUACUUUACUUAUUAGUGAAGUAAACAUUAUUAAGUAUGUUGUGGUUCAAUUGCAAAUCAUUUUUGAUGCAAAACUUCAUUUUUGUUGUGUGGCUCUAAUAAUUAGAGCACGCACUGUAUAUCUUUAACGAUUGGUUAAAAUGCGAUACUCAUAGUAUUUAGUUUAGUAGAUGAUUACAGGUUGUAUACUUGUUUUUUUUUUUUUCAUAAAAAAAUCUUAAAAACAAUUAAUGUUCACAUAAGAGUGUACUUUUAAAAGAAUUUGUCACGAAUGUAAACGAUGUUUGCUAGUUUAAGGGAUGCAAUUAAACAAUAUAUCAUUAAUUUAACUACAAAUACCUAUCCGAUUUGGUUUACACCUCAAUUCGGAGCCAUCUGCCAGAACUUAAUCUCACAACAGAGUGUCUACAAAUGCAUUUUUUACUCUUAUUUAUCACAAAAACUAGUCUGCUUGACAAUAAUUUGAUAUAAAUUGUUUUUAUGAUAAUUUUAUUGGAUUAUUUUUAGAAGUUUGACAACUGACGUAACUGCUUACAUGAAUUGACAAAUGAACUACUUGAACGGACAAAGGAACUACUCGAGUUGAUAAAUGAAUUACUUGAAUUGAUAAAUCACAUAUUUGAUUGUAUAAUGGUUUUAUAAAUGGCAUAAUUAUUUUUAAAAAUCAUUAAUAUCAUUAAAUGUUGCCACUAAAGGCAUGAGAAUUAUCUAUGCAUUAGAAUGAACUAUGCUUUGUUUUUAAAACCAGGAUGAGUAAACUAAAAAGACACCCAAGUCACUAGAAAAUAAAUAUUAUAUUAUACUAAGUAAUACCUCGCUAAAGAGUGCUAAAAAGAACUGUUUUUAUAUAAAAGCAGACUAAAAAUCUAAAAAUUAAAGGAAUAACGUAGAAAACACAAAAAAUCGCUGAUAUAACUUAUGAAAUGCCAGUAGUGUCAAAAUUUCAUAAAUGUCAUUAGUGUUAAAACUUCAUAACAGUGGAGUAAACUUGCCUGAGGUUGAACCAAUUACAAACAAGCAUUACGGCGCGGUAAAUUUGAAUUACUCCUCCUGGUUUAAAAACAGAGCAUAGUAACUAUAAUCGAGUGUCCAAAAUUUUGACCCCAUAACUAUAUCUGCUCACAGCCUAUGCAUAAGUGGGGGUACACAUGUUGAAAUAGUAUUUUUUAACAAAUUAUGUGAAAAUUAUAUAUAGAAAUAUAAAAUUUCUAUAGAUAAUUAAACAUUUUUAGCUCUUUUUUUUAAAUUUAAUUUUUAUAUUUAUUUUUUCUAAAAAAUGCAUUUUUGGUUACUCGAAAAUUUUGGUAAGAUCUACCCAAAGGUCACGUGUAUAAAACAAACACACUUCGUUUUCUAUAUUUAUAUCGUAAGUAAAAUUUGCGACCUAUUCAGUAGAUGUGAGCCAAAAUUAUAAGUUUCGCAGUUAGAAAAUCUUUAAAAAAAUGUUUUAUUAAUCACGUAAGGUUCUAUUUCUUUUCUUUUUCGAAAAAACGUUAAAAAAAGUUUAAAAGACAAAAAGAUUAAAUGAUUGAUAGCAUUAUUUGAAACUAAAGUUUAUUCACUUAUUUGGAUAAUAUAGAUGUGUACACUUUUGUAAUUUAAUAUUUUUGCAAGUUGAAACAAGUGAUUAGUUGGCAAAUAGAGAUUUUUCUGAUCUAACUGAAACUUUUGUAUUUUUUCAUCCGGUGUUUUAAAGCGAGUUUUUUUGAAGAAUGACUUAAACGUACCGAUUUAACUCUGUGCCCAUCUCUGGAUUUUUACUAAAACCUUUACAAACUACAAAUUUAUUCAGAUUUUGGAAUAGAAUUCUAAGGAAAUCAAAUGCGGUGAAUAAGGUGAAUGUUUGAAUAAUUUAUACUUCUCCAUCCUUUCUGUUUUCUUGUGUACAAAAUUAUUUUCAUAGUUUAGACCUUGUACUGAUAAAAGGGGGUACCGAUAAAUUGAUCCAAAUCUGGUGAAUAAGGUGGAUGUUUCAACAGUUUAUAUCCCCAGAUCCUUAUUUUAUUUCCAAAGUGUCUUUAUGGUCCUGUAGAUUGUUCUAGUAAGCAUUAAACUUUAAGAAUUUUUCAGUCUUUUAAAUAGAUUCACAGCAGAAAGUGUCAAAUUGGCCAAACAGGGAGAAUGUACUGAUUUAAUGUCAAUUUCGUCAGUCUUUCCGUUCACAACAGUUUUUAUUACAGAUGUUAUAGUAGACGAUUUUUCCCCAUUUUUUUAAAUUUGACAAUAACAAAAAUCAAGCGAAGCUAAAUCUGGCAAAUAAGGAGGAAGAUGCUCUAGCAAUUUAUCAAUUAUUGUCAAGACGUAUAUUAUUGGUUGGACGCAGUAUCAUACUGAAUUUAGAUGUUUCGCUCAAAAUUCUUCAAAAAUCAAAAUAAAAGUGAAGGAAAUCUGAUUAAUAAUACGGAUUUUUCAACAGUUAGUUAUAUACAAAGUAUAUUUAUGGUCGAUCGUAUUUAUCUGGUGGAAAUCUUUUCUUCAAAAUUACCAACGCAUGUUUUUAAAUGAAUUCUUUCUUCUCCUUCUAAACUAGUUAAAACAUUGGAUAAACUAUUAUUUAAAAGAUUAAAGUUAGAUUUGAAGAACUCUGCCUUUGUACAUUUUUCGUAAACAUUAAAGCAAUAAUUUUUAUAUCUGUUCUCAGACAUGCGAGCGUCAUUUAGGUGCGCUUGUGUAUAUUUUCGUGACCGCUGGACUCUAAAUUUUAGGCUAAUUACCAUCCUCAAUGAGCUCCGCGGACAAGAAAUGGGAGCAUUUGUUGAAAUUACCAAAACUGUUUAAACGUGGACUAUUAUUGAAGCUAAUAGUUUAAUAAGUAACUACAAGGGACCAGUCUUCAUUAGUAAUUGUUUGUUUUGAUGUCAAUACUGUUAAAUUGCUAUAGUAGACGAUUUUCCCCAUUUUUUUUUAAUUUGACAAUAGGAAAAAUCAGGCGGAGCUAAAUCUGGCAGAUAAGGAGGAAGAUGCUAUAGCAAUUUAUCAAUUGUCAAGACGUAUAUUAUUGGUUGGUAGUAGUUUAAAUCAAAAGAAUCAUUUCCAGGCACGUUUUAAAAUUAAACCAAACUUGUUUUAUCGUUUGUUAAUCUGUGAUGUUCAUUUGGAACAGAUACUGUUAAGUAAUCAAUAGAAUCGGUUCCGAGUCAGUACUCAAACCCAAGGAAUCAGAUCAUCGAAAAGAAUUCUAAAAUAAACCGCCAAGAGAUCGUGAUUUAAAUAAAUCAUGACUUAGAUUCCUCAUCAGUUUCAACACCAUACACGUUUGUAUAGUAGGCUCGGAAAUUGGCUAGAAAAUUUAAACCGAAUAUAACAAAAUUCAGUUUGGCAACAUUGUGUGAAUACCACGUCUUCUAGGAUAUCAACAGAACCGUAAUUUAGUCCAGACAAAUUAAUAUAUUUUUACCAACAAAAAUGAGAUGUUUUAACCAAAUAAUGUUUAAAAUAUGACGUGCAAAAUAGUUUUGAAUUCGGUUCCGCUAAUGGACUUGCUUAAAGGUCCUUAAAAGUAGCAAAAAGGUUUAAUUUCUCUUGCGUAAUAUUUAUCGUCCAAUUAUUUUAGUGUACUAAUAAAGUGUUUACUGUAAGUUUUAAAAUUACUAAUUUACAAUGAUUAAUGUGAUGUUGAAAUAUCUUUAAGUCGGCUUCUCGAAUUUCUUAAACAUUUAUUAGUCCAGGGUAAUAAGGUUUUUUCCAUGACACUUCAACAGCCAGGGGACUGAAGCAUUUUUUCGACAGGUAAUACCUAUAAGAACAAUUUGUAACUUUUUCCUGGGUAGGAUCUGGCGACAAUUUUUAUUUAUAAACAAUUUCGUGUCAAAAACGGUUUUUUUUUCCUUUUUUGUCAAAUUAAUGGAAAACAGUAAGCCUUAUGGUUUUCUUAGUACAAACACCUUCGAGAGAAUGUAAAAAGCUUUAAAAUGGCGUAAGUAUUACAAAGUUUAAUACACUCAUCUAUUGUUAAUAUAAUUGCGAAAAAAGGUCGAAAUUUCAAAAAAAUUCAUUUCGCAAUAUUUAUUGUAAAAAUAAGUGUACAGCUUUCAAAUUUUUGUCAAAUGAGGGUUAUUUGGUGCUUAAUGUGUGACAAAAAUUUCAAAGCGAUUCAUUCAGUUGUUUAAAUUGUACUCAAAUUAUUUAUCCCAGAGAUCUUUUUUUUGCAAUAAUAUAUGUCAAAAAAAAAUAAUGUUAGAACCAUUCUACAGGUGUCAAAUGAAAGAGCAUGAGCUAAACUUUCAAAUUGGUUCAAAAAAAGUGAAUGUAAAUAUUAGUAAUAAAUAAUUAUGAAAAAGUAUAUUCAAUUCUUCCUUAUAAACUUUUUAUUUUUUUUAUAUAAUAAAUUAUAUAUAUUACAAUCUUUCAUCAAUUAUCAUAUACAUAACAUUACUUGGUAGUUGUGCACCUAAAAAACGGUAAAAAAUAGAUUUUUUGAAAGAAGUUAUUCAAAAUGUUUAUAAGGAAAAAUUGACGAUACUUUUGCAUAAUUAUUUAUUACUAAUAAAUGCAUUUUUCAUUCACUUUUUUUAACCAAUUUGAAAGUUUAGCUCAUGCUCUUUCAUUUGACACCUGUAUAAUGGUUCUAACAUUUUUUUUGACUUAUGUUAUUGCAAAAAAAAGCUCUGUGGGAUAAACAAUUUUAGUAAAAUUUAAACAAUUGAAUGAAUCGCUUUGAAAUUUUUGUCACACAUUAAGCACCAAAGAACCCUCAUUUGACAAAAAUUUGAAAGCUGUACACAUAUUUUUACAAUAAAUACAUAUUUAUUGCGAAAUGAUUUUUUUUUGAAAUUUCGACUUUUUUCGCAAUUAUACAGCGUGUGUCAGCCAAAUGGAAUAAAUUCAAUAGUUCAAAUACUAAUUGUUUUUUUUUUGAAAAAUGCUUAAGCCUGUCGAUUAGUAUUUUAAAUGGAAAUUUUUUUCAUACAAUGAUCAUGUAUACAGGGUGUCCCAAUUUAGAGAUGUGACGUCAUCGUUUAUUUUCUUAAAUGGCAACGCUAUCAUUUUGAUAGGGUGUGUAAAGUUAUACAUCACUGAAAAAUAUCAAAUUUUUAUUCCUUACCGUUUACAAGAUAAUAAAAAAUAACAAAGUUAUGUCUGUAAUUUGGAAUAAUAAUUGGUUUUUUGAAAAAUGAUUAGACCUGUCGAUUAGUAUUUCAAAUGGAAAUUUUUUUCAUACAAUAAUGUAUACAGGGUGUUCCAAUUUAGAGAAAUAACGUCAUCGUUGAUUUUCUUAAAUGGCAACACUAUCAUUUUGAUAGCCAUUUUGAUAGGGUGUGUAAAGUUAUACAUAACUACAAAAUAUUAAAUUUUUAUUUCUUAACAUUUACAAGAUAAUAAAAAUAACAUUAAAUAUCUAAAUUGGGACACCCUGUAUACAUUAUUUUGUAUGUAAAAAAUUUCCAUUUGAAAUACUAAUCGACAGGUCUGAAUAUUUUUCAAAAAAAAACAAUUAUUAUUUGAACUAUUAAGUUUAUUCCACAAUACAGACAUAACUUUAUUUUUUAUUAUCUUGUAAAUUUUAGAAAAUAAAAAUUUGAUAUUCUGCAGUUAUGUAUAACUUUACACGCUCUAUCUAAAUAGCCAUUAAAAUAACAGUGUUGCCAUUUAAGAAAAUUAACGAAGACGUCAUAUCUCUAAAUAGGGACACCCUGUUUGUAUACAUUAUUAUUGUAUGUAAAAAAUUUAGAUUUGAAAUACUAAUCGACAGGUCUCAGCAUUUUUCAAAAAAACAAUUAGUAUUUGAACUAUUGAAUUUAUUCCAUUUGCUGACACACGCUGUAUUAACAAUAAAUGAGUGUAUUAAACUUUGUGGUACGCCAUUUUAAAGCUUUUUCCAUUCUCUCGAAAAUGUUGGUACUAAGAAACCCAUAAGUCUUACUGUUUUCCAAUAAUUUGAAAAAAAAGUAAAAAAGACCGUUUUUUGAUAGUUAAUUGUUUAUAAAUAAAAAUGGCCGGCAGAUCCUACGCAGGAAAUAGUUACAAAUUGUUCUUAUAGGUAUUACCUGUCGAAAAAUCGCUUCAGUACCCUGGCUGUUGAAGUGUCACGAACAGGGUAUAUUUUUGUCUUAAUUACCCUGGCCUAUAUACCAAACAUUGAUACCGCCACUUUGUUGCACAUUCUGGCCGAUUUCCGUUUCUACUAUACGAAACAAUGCGUGUGAAGACUUCGUCCCAUUAUUUGUAAAAAAAGCUAAGUAAUUUUCUGUGACUAUUAGCCGUUUGGUAAAAAUCAUUGACUCCUAUAACAUAAAUAUUAUCUGAGAACAAAGUCGUUCUAGGAAUUAUGAUAAUGGUUCUAUUUGUUGUGUUUUUUUAUUUUAUUUUUGCUUUUUCUUUAAGAAAAUAUGAUGUAAAAUAUCUGUAACAUAAUAUCCUGAUUAGUGAGUAGAAAAGUGGUUCACAUUACCAAAACGAAAAUGUUUCCCCAUUCGUUGUGUAAGUUUAUUACAGUUUUUAUGGCGUAACAGUUCUUUAAAUAUAAAUGUUCGAUCAAUUAUAAGGUAAACUUAGAUUAUUGUUUGAUAUAUAUUUUUUUGGUAACUGUACAGUCGCGAAAAAAUGCCUUGGACAACUGUCAAUCUUAGAACGUCAUCUCUAAACUGCAUAUAUGUCAUUCCCACACCAUAGUUGCUUGAAGUUUAUUAUUAGUCCACAGUACAUCGUCCUUUUUUGAAAAUGAUUACAAAAGUCUUAAAAAUGGUUUUAACUGCUUCGUUUGACCGAGUCUACCACUUUCUGAAAAUUUUCAGAGUGUAAGUUUGACGCGUUUCUGCACGCCCCACGCCUAAACCUGUAGCUCUAGCGCGGCUAGGUUUUGUUAUUGCAAAACUAUAAUUUUUAAUUUUAAUAAAAAAAAUUAUACGUUAAAAUAAAAUAAAUUAGUUUUGUCGGACAAACAAGAGAGCGUGAUCGUCGAAUUCGACACCGGCAAGAUGUCACUCUAUCGCGGUACUUAUAAUUAAUUACUAAAGAUUGUAGGUCUCUUGUCCGACAAAUUUACAGCCUCGUUUCGUUAGUCCGACAACGUAAAUACACUGGGGUGCAAAAUUAACUGGACACCUUAAAAAUGGGUCAUUUUGAUGUCUCGAAUUUCCUAAACCUGUUGUCUGAUUUAAGUGAUUUUUUAAUAUAUUAUAGCCUUAUUCGUUAACAAUGUCGCUGUAAUACUAUUUUUAUUAAAAGGGUAAAUUUUCAUUGUAUACCGGGUGUACCAAUGACACUGUGUUUUUUUUCUCAAACUUCGCAUCACCCUAUGUAAUAUUCUAGCAUUUAUAAAAUACUGAAAUUAAAACCUAAGUGUAGUAUCAUGUUUUCUCAACAUUCUGUUUUUUGAUUCAUUCGCUUAUGUUGGACCAUCAAAAAAAUUAGGUACUUUAACAAUUACCCAUGUUUUUCAUGAAUACAGGGUGUUUUUAAACAAGGGUGGCAAACUUCAAGGUGUAAUUCUACAUGAAAAAAUAAUGACAGUUUGCUUUAUAAACCUGUCCGCGCUUUUGCUUCGUUUCUGAGAUAGAGGGUGUUGAAAUUUUUCUUACAAACUGACGAUUUAUUUAUUUUUUUAAAACCGCUUGAGAUGUGCAAAUGAAAUUUGGUGGGUUUUAAGACGUAGUUAUUGUACAUUUUUUGACAUACAAGUAAAAAUUUAAUAUUCGUUAUAUUACCCGUAUGCGCGCCAAUGGUGAAUAUUAAAUGCUUAAUUGUGCAAUAACUACGUCUUAAAACCGACCAAAUGUCAUUUGCAUAUCUCAACCGGUUUUAAAGCAAUAAAGAAAUCGUCAUUUUGUAAUAAAAAUUUCAACACCUAUCUUGGACACGAAGCAUUUUCGGACACACCGUUUAUAAAGCAAACUCUCAUUUUUUUUAUGCAGAAUUUUCCCUUAAAGUUGGCCAUACUUAUUUAAAACACCCUGUAUUGAUGAAAAAUAUGGCUAGUUAUUAAAGUACCAAACUUUUUUAUCGUCCAAUGUAAGCGAAUGAAUCAAAAAACAAAAUGUUGAGAAAACAUGAGGGGCUAUAGUUGGAAUUCAAUUUCAAAAUUUUAUAAAUGCUAGAAUGUUCCACAGGGUGAUGCGAACUUUUAGAAAAAAACUCAGUUUGAUUGGUACACCCGAUAUACAAUGAAAAUUUAACUGUUUAGCAACAAUACUAUUACAGCGAUAUUGUUAAAGAAUAAGGCUAUAUAUAAUAAAUUAAAAAAAUCACUUAAAUCGGACAACCGGUUAAGGAAAUUCCAGACAUAAAAACUGGCCCAUUUUUAAGGUGUCAUAAAUUUAAUUUUUUAAUGUUCAAAUAAUAUAUGUUAAAAUAGUAAUUGUUCGAGAAAAACAAUGACGCAAGCUUAUAAAAAACGACGUUGUUUUUAAACAGUGGUAGUCUACUUGUACUUUGUCGAUAUCGUCACAGAUCACCUACCUCUAGUCUAGAUGCUUCAUGACAACGCUUUGUUUGGAUAUGAAACGUCUAGUAAUUAGUCUAUGUUGAAGGUACAUUCGGCCUUUAUAUGUUCUAGACGUCACUACGCAUAAAAGUAAACAGUGCAACAAGUGAAAAGUCCAGGGCUGUAUUAGCUUAAUGUGUCUAGUAGUGUGGCGGUUACGGUAUAAAAAGUUUUGAAAUUAAUUUGUCGGACUGGCUAUGUGAUACCCAAUUUUUGUCGGACAGUGCUAUAUUUGGAUAGAGGACCCUCCAAUUUAUCACUUGUUAUUUGUGUCAGAAAUUUUGUAAUCGCAAAACAUAACGUGUCAUAAUAAACAUAUUUAUGUUGUCGGACUAAAGAAACGAGUCUGUAAAUUUGUCAGACAAGAGAUCGACAAUGUUUUGUAACUAAUUAUAAGUGCUUUCAAUCGAAAAUAGAGAGUUUUGUAAUAACAAAACUACCGCACUAUAGUGACAUUUUGUGGGUGGACUCUUUUUGUCCGACAAAAAUAAUUUAUUUUAUUUUAACGUAUAAUCUUUUGAUUAUAAUUAAAAAUUAUAGUUUAUCAAUAACAAAACCUAACCGCGCUAGAGCUAAAGGUUUAGGCGUAGGGCGUGCGGAAACGCGUCCAACCUUCAGUUUGAAAUUUUUCAAAAAGUGAUAGACUCAAACGAAGCAGUUAAAUUUUUAAGACUUGUAAUCAUUUUCAAAAAAGGAAGAUGUAGGUACUGUGGACUACAUAUUAUGGAUAACUAAAUUUUUGAAAUUGAUUAUGUUUUGAUGCAACUUCUUUGUAUCUAAUCCCUUUGUAUGUUAUAGAUCUCAUUUGAAACGGAAAGUUGCCAAAAUAAAAUAUAAUCAUCCUUUUCGUAUUAUUUUCAAAGUGAUUUUUAUAUUGAGCAUAUUUGGGGUGCUGUUACGAAACCCGUUUAAAACGAUUUCUACCAUUUUUUAUAAACUUGAUAAUUUUGAUUUAUUACCACAUUUAUUUAUGUAAUUAAUUGUAAAAUAAUUUAUAACAUAUGUAUGGCUGUUAUCUAUUUUUUCAUUAUUUUGAAUUAAAAGUCAUGAAUAGUGAUGUUAGAAUAAACAUUUAAGAACUAA